AUGCCGUUCAAGUUUUCAACAAUCAAUCUCACUGAAGAUCCUCCCGAUUUUGAUCUGCAUUCGCCACCUGCUUCUUGGUCAUCAACGAUUUGUCUGCCACUUAAUUCCGCUGGCUGCAGUUUCAUCAAAUCUAAAACAUCCUGCCAGGUCGCUGCUGGAGCUUCUCUGCGCUUGGCUAAGCCAGCUUCCAACUUUGGUUGCUGGAGUCCAAGCGAAUCGAUCCAAUGUCCCGAGGAAGGACGCCUUAAAAGGUUCACUGUCCGUGAGCUCAAGGUCGCUACCAACGACUUCAGUGAGACAAAGAAGGUAGGCAAGGGUGGGUUUAGUUGUGUGUACGAAGGACUCUUGGGGAACGGCUCCAGAGUGGCGAUAAAAAGACUCACUAGACAUCCCGCUCUGGGAUUGAUACUCCGUGCUGAAGUGAAGUUGGGGAAUAUGAUUUGGCAUAGGAAUCUGCUUCCUGUUCAUGGCUUUUGUUUGUCAUCGAAACAUGGAGAAUACACGCUCGUGUACACUUUCAUGGUGAAUGGAAGCCUAGACUCCCUUUUAAGAGGACAGUCAACGAAGAAGCCCUCACUAGAUUGGCCCACCAGGAAGAAGAUAGCAAUUGGAGCUGCGAGAGGGAUUUCCCACUUGCAUGAUCUGAGAAUCAUUCACCGGGACAUUAAACCAGCUAACAUACUGUUGGAUGAGGACUUUGAGGCUCGUAUUGGAGAUUUUGGAUUGGCCUUGUUCAUGGACGACCACAAGGAGAAGGCUGUUUCCGUAGGAGAACCGAAUGGUGAAGACGCUUAUUUCAUCUCCAGCACAAUGGGGACAAUUGGUUACAUGGAUCUAGGGAGCUUUAGUGGAAGAUACUCAGUAAAGAGCGAUGUUUAUGGGUUUGGCAUGACGCUUCUUGAACUGAUAAGUGGUCGAAGUGUUUGCGAAACAACCUGCCUCGAUGGAAAUGAACUGGUGCUGCCUCAAUUGGCCCAUGCCCUUCUGAAGAACGAAAAGCUGGAAACGCUAGUUGACACCAACAUGCCGGGCGGCUAUAACGAGAGUGAAGUCGAGAAAACUGUUCGCCUGGCUCUACUUUGCACGCAAUUCAACCCCAUAAAACGACCUUAUAUGGCUGAAGCAGUCCUAUAUCUUAGAGGUAUCAUUAGCUUGGAGGAAAGAUGGGAGGAGUAUCAAACUGAUGCCACGAUGCAAUCUGGGAAGCCAAACUUGGAUUCGAGUUCAAGCGACUCUACUUCUUGUCACAGUGAAGAAGAAUUAUCUGGUGGUGGAUGA